AUGCGGGGCCGGGGGCUGCUCUGCGGCAUCGCCCUCUCGCUGCUGCUGCGGCCACCGCGCCGAGGAGAGGUGGCCGCCGGCUCGGAGCCGCAGCCCGUGGUGGUGGUGCCGCGCUGGGAAGCGCCGAGGAGCCCCGGCGGCGAGAAGCAUCCAUUCCGAGCCGAAGUUAAGAUAGAGGCAGAAGGCCAGGAGCUCGUCUUGGAGUUAGAGAAAAAUGGAAACCUCUUUGCACCAGGCUACACCGAGACUCAUUACAACCGGACGGGACAAGCUCAGACCGUGCCCCUGAGCCACACGGAGCACUGCUUUUACCAUGGGACAGUGCAGGGCAGAGAGCACUCCAGCGUGGCGCUCAGCGCGUGCAGGGGCCUGCGAGGACUCAUCGUGUUGAGCAGCAACUCCAGCUACAUCGUGGAGCCUGUCCCUGGCAGCCCAGACCAGCACUUUAUCUACAGGUUGGGUAACCUGAGGCUGCAGAGAGGAGCCUGCGGCCACCGGGACAGCGUGGUCACAGCUGAAGGCUGGCUCAGGGACUUCACAGCUGGGGUGAAAACACCCCACCUCAGGGUGAGGCGGGAGACUCUGCAGACUAUGAAGUACGUGGAGCUGCUGCUUGUGGCUGAUUACGCGGAGUUUCAGAAGCAUCACUUCAACAUCGAAGCAACAAGGCUUAAACUAGUGGAGGCAGCUAAUUACGUCGAUAAGUUUUACAGGUCCCUGAAUAUCCGUAUUGCCUUGGUGGGGCUGGAGAUCUGGACUCAUGGGAACAAAUGCGAUGUAACUGAGAAUCCCUACUCCACCCUGAAGUCCUUCCUGGCCUGGAGUAGCAAGGAGCGGGUGUACAGAAAAUACGAUAAUGCCCAACUAAUCACGGGUGUGCCCUUCCAAGGUACCACAGUAGGCUUGGCUCCCGUGAUGUCCAUGUGCUCUGAUUUCCAGUCAGGAGGAGUAAACAUGGACCACUCUGAUAAUGCCAUCGGUGUUGCUGCUACCAUUGCCCAUGAGAUGGGACACAACUUUGGCAUGAAUCACGAUUCAGCUGGCUGCUGUACUACCCGUGCGGAGGAUGGAGGCUGCAUCAUGGCUUCUGCAACUGGGCACCCAUUCCCCAGGGUAUUCAACCAGUGCAACAGGAAAGAGCUGGAGAAGUAUCUGCAGUCUGGUGGAGGGAUGUGCCUCUCCAACAUGCCAGACACCAAAAAUAUGUAUGGAGGGAAGAAAUGUGGAAACGGCUACUUGGAAGAGGGGGAGGAGUGUGACUGUGGAGAGGUGGAGGAAUGCGAUAACCCCUGCUGCAAUGCCAACAACUGCUCCCUGAAGCUGGGUGCCGAAUGUGCCCACGGCAGCUGCUGUCAUCAGUGCAAGCUGAUGUCUCCGGGAACUCUCUGCAGGGAACGGUCAGGACUGUGUGACCUCCCAGAAUACUGCACUGGCCAGUCACCAUUUUGUCCCCCCAACUCUUACCAAAUUGAUGGGGCUUCUUGCGAAGGAGGAAGGGCGUAUUGCUACAGUGGCAUGUGCCUCACGUAUGAAGACCAGUGCUUGCAGCUGUGGGGGCCUGGAGCAAGGCCAGCACCAGAUGCUUGUUUUGAGAACGUUAAUGCUGCCGGAGACGUCUACGGGAACUGUGGGAAGGACAUCUACGGCAACUACAGGAAGUGCGAGAGAAGAGAUGCUAAAUGUGGGAAGAUCCAGUGCCAGAGCUAUGCUUCCAAACCCCUGCAGUCCAAUGCCGUAGCCAUAGACACAACCAUCUCCCUGCAGAGGAUGCAGGUGAAGUGCCGAGGGACCUACGUGUACAGAUCUGAGAAAGAAGACAAGGAGAUGCUGGACCCUGGCUUGGUGUUGACAGGAACAAAAUGUGGGAGCCAUCAUGUUUGCUUUGAGGGGCGCUGCCAGAACACAUCCACCAUCUUUGAGUCUGAAAGCUGUAGCAAGAAGUGCCACGGCAAUGGAGUCUGCAACAACAACAAGAACUGCCACUGCAACCCGGGAUGGGCUCCCCCGUUUUGCAACAAGCAGGGGAGGGGAGGAAGCAUGGACAGUGGCCCACCUGUGCCAGAAGGCUCUUCAGCAGCAGUGAUAACUCUGGUGAUCCUGGCUCCCAUUCUCCUUCUCAUUGGAAUCAUGCUUUUGCUGUAUUAUCUGAAAUGCUGGAAUAAAUUUGUCAUCUGUUCUCUAAAGAAGGCCCCGCAGUUCAGCGACACCUCUGGAAAUGGCCAUGCGAACCCUGCCUUCAAGCUGAAAACCCCUCAGACGCAGAGAAAGGUGAUUGAUUUCCCUGAAAUCCCAUCAAAACCUCCUCCCCAGCCACCUCCCUGCCUCCAAACAAACAUGCAGCAGCCAUCUGCCUUCUCCAACGGCUACAACCACAGCAUGGGGAAACCUGCUGGGGUGGCACAGCCGACACCAGCAAAGGACGUCACCCGGCGGACACCUCCGAGCAGGCCAGCACCUCCUGCCCCCAAGCCACCUGUCUCUCAGGACGUUUCUAGGCCGCAGCCACCCCAAAGAGCUUUGCCAGCCAACCCAGUCCCGAACAGAAUCAGAGCAAGGCCCGGGGAUGGCCCUGCCCUCCCGCUGCCUCCUGCCCGCCCCAGGACCCCGGGACAGCUGCAGCCUGCGGGGCAGAAUACCAGUGUUGGGACAGCUGGAGCAGCAAACUUCUUGAGAGUGGGACAGUCGGGCUUCCGUGUGCACCCAUGA